CCACACUCCAUCAAAAUGGCCAAGCCCACCUCCAAGAAGCCCGCCAAGAAGUCCCUCAAGGGCGGCAAGAAGGGCGGCAAGAAGUCCAAGACCGAGACGUACAAGAUCUACAUCUACAAGGUCCUCAAGCAGGUGCACCCCGACACCGGGAUCUCCUCCAAGGCGAUGUCCAUCAUGAACUCCUUCAUCAACGACAUCUUCGAGAAGAUCGCCACCGAGGCGUCCAAGCUCGCCCGCUACAACAAGAAGCCGACGGUCACGUCCCGCGAGAUCCAGACCGCGGUCCGCCUCAUCCUCCCCGGUGAGCUCGCCAAGCACGCCGUCUCCGAGGGCACCAAGGCGGUCACCAAGUUCACCUCCGCGUAA